AUGGAGUUUCUCGAACUCCCAAACGAGGUUCUGUCGCGAAUCAUCUCAUUUCUUGAUACUCCCAGUCCCUUCGAUGACAACUUACUCCAGAAGCCUGUCUUGGAGCGGCCAAAAGAUGAAUUUCAGAUGCAAUUUUCAGAGACCGAACCGCGGAGAACGGCACUUAAGAGUCUCUCGUCUUUGAGCCGGUUACUCCGUUCCCUCACAUUGCCCUUUUUGUUCAAACACGUUAUCUUGGAUCCUGUCAGCCUGAGCGACUUUAUAACCUUCCUGGGGCAGAAUGACCUGCAACAGCGAGUAUCUAGUAUCGUGGCCGUGGUUUCAGGCCACUAUAACCACGUUCACCCUGCAUGGUGGGCUCGACUGCUCAAUGAGGUGCCCACCACUCGCUUGAGCAUAAUUGCUGCACCACAUAUACUCGCCGAACUUACUGCGGUCUCUGCAUGGAGCACAGAUGCCUGGGCUUUUGACAUACCAUAUCAGAUUCUUUGUUUUGAUCAGUCGCCCGAAUCUACGAGGGAUAAAAUCGACUAUGAAGAUCUCCCCAACUUUCUCGAUGCUCGUCCAUGGACAAGCUUGACUGUCAACGAAGGAUCGAGUGUACUGGCAUACACCACGUACGAGUACUUUUUCAGAAGAACUCCAUCCUUGCUUUCUGCACUGUCCCCAAGCGGCUCGACUUCAGGGGAUUCAUUGUUCGCAAGCUUGACAGCUUUCCAAUAUGUGGCGAUAUUCCCUUUUUAUAAUCACGUCGAUGAGGUUCUCAAAUGCAUACAAAAAAUGACCCGUCUUCAAAAGUUGUCACUCAAACUAUGCCCAGAUGCCGGCAGUACAAUCUUGCAUGACGAGAUCAUAGCUGCAGGUAGUCACCUCGAUAUUAACGAUCCUUGGAAUGAAUGUGAAACCUCGUGGAGACUAAUCGCCCACCAUGUUGCAGCAUUGACUAGUGUGGGUGUCCUCCGAGAACUGCACAUGAAAGAUGUGCAGAUAGAAGGAGUCCGCGAAUCCUUGGAAUUCACGCUGAACAGAAUCCUCAAGGGAUACUGGACAUACAGUGGCGAACGCACCGGAUUGUGGCUCCGCAAUCCGGAUCAACUACCGCCAAAAGGCCCUUUAACGACAUAG